AUGAGUCUCAUUUUGAGAGAAUCAAAGAUGGCGGAAGAUGUGAAUCUCCAAGCUUCAGGGUAUGACGAAGAUUUGUGCGAAAAUCCGUUCUUUAAGUACAUGCAAACAAAGCAAAAACAAAUAUACGAGGAAGCAGCUAGCAAAAGAUGGAUGGUAGGUCUGAUUACUCAGAUAUUUGGGAUCGAAUUUUUGCAGAAAACUGAUGCAAAGGUGACAUCACUGCUGCUAUUUACGGAACUUAUUAAACUUUCCCCAUUGCAUUUCUCAGUGAUUGUCAACGUCACUUCUCAUGUCAAUUUGGGAAAGUGCCUCAUAAAAAUUUUUUUUUGGAGGGCAAUUCGAGUAAUUCCCACGGCCAGACAGAGAGGUGGACUUUCAACCUUCCAGGUGUUGAAGCCAGUACUUGUUUGCUAAUGCAUGACUUAACUUGAUCUUCACUCAACUUUCGUACGGAAUAGACGUACUUGAAAUUGUCUUCAGGUGAAUCUGAGUAGCAAGUCUCAAUCUCUGAGUGACAAAGAUGAUGCAGUGUCACGAUCAGGCGCCAUCAGCAAGAUUCAUCUGUUUUUUUUUCAAACAACAUAAUUUUUCUGUUUUUCAAUAUAGAUUUGUGUUCCAAGACAAGGAACUCUACCAAGAGGAAACUUUACCCAGAGCCAUGUUGAAAAUCACAUACUACAACCUGUAAAGGACAAAUCAUCCGUAUUUAAAACUGUGAACAACAAGGUGAGAUAAUUGCUUUGCAAAAAGAGUGUGUACUGUAUUUCCUUGAAUAAGUGCCUGUGCACUUAUUUAAAUUUUUGGCUACAAAGAGGGGUGCUUAUUGGAAGGAGGGCUCUUAUUAAGAAAUUAUUAACCUUUGCUGGUUCUGUUGUAGUCAAAGCUUAGAAAGUUAUUGAUAAAGUGGCAAUAGAAAUAGAGAAUAAUAUAUGGGCAUGCAUAGAUAUGGAAUUUCUCUUCAGGUGUUCAACUCAAUAGCUCACUAAUGGGCGCAGCAAAUGAGUGACAUGUCAAGGUGAACAUGUGAAGAGAAAUUUGAUAUCUAGAAGCAACCAUAUAUCAUUUUGUUUAUCAUAUAAACACAAUAGCCCUUUACUGAUAAGAAAAGCCAACUUCAUCAAUGAAUGAAAAUAAAUGAAUCUACAAUCCAAUUAACAAUCAUGUGUGUUGGCACUAACUCUUAAGAUCGAAAAAUGCAUUGAAUCAUGAUUAUCAGAACAACAAUGAAUGUAAUUCUUAAUUUACAAAAUUCUCAUUUUAUUGACUUUGAAGAAGUCUUUCAGGUAAAUGGCCAAAAUCGGCCAGUGGCAAAUCUUCCAAGUGUUAAUUUUUCAUUCUCAGCUGCAAGAAAUGCCAUCACCAAAACCACUGAAUACAUAACUUUCAGUUUUCUUUUCAUAUAUUGGUUUUCUUCCUCUUCUAGGAAAGUUUUAUUAUAAAAUAAUUCAAAUAGUACGCGCGCUCUGAUUGGCCAUAAAACCAUUUUAUAUGAGCGUAUGUAAACACGGUUUUUCGUUCCUCUUUCAUUAGUUAUUUUAUAAAAGAAAUGUAAAAUGGUUUUCAUGUUUACAUAGCCUGAUGUAAACACUUGGGAGGUUAGGAGAACACUCGAUAAGCUGGAAACCACUCCGCUUCACGUUGUGGUUUCCUACGCUUAUCUUGUGUUCUCCCAACCUCCUGCAUGUUUACAUCAGGCUAUGUAAACAUGGAAACCAUUUUACAUUUCUUCAAUGUCACUGUUUGUGAGCAAUACGGAUUUUUUAGUGUUUUAACUGCCAUAAUCCAAGAAAGUUCCAACAAACUACCAUGUAUUGAGAAUCAUGAAGGCUUUGCUGUUCAUUCAUCAACCUGACUGAGGGGUGUGAAAUGCAAGUGACAUGUCAGCAGCUGAUUAGCGAUAUCAAAUGCAUGUGGAAAAAAAGCAAUAUUUUUUCAUGCAUGUUGUUACAGCUUUUCUCAGGGCUGGAAAUCCUUGUGUAACAUUGUAGUUUAUAUGAGAAAAAUAUUUUCCUUAUAUCUGAAAUGUUAAUAAGGAAGGAGGGAGAGGUGCUUAUUCAAAAGGGAUGCUUGUUGACAUUAAGGUCUAGGAGAAUUUCCACCAAUGAGCCACAUGACAUUCAUCUGGCAGAUGCUCUGUAUGAUAUCCUACCAACAAUCUGUUUAAGAGAACUCUGUUAUCCAAGGUGGCACAGGAGUGAAUAUGAUCAUCAUUAAUAAGCAUGUGAAGUUUACAUGAUAACCCAAUAUCUGCAGCAGAUAUUAAGUUACCAUGUCGAGUUCAAAGUCUGUCAAGUUUCCAAGCUCCUUGCCCAUGGAGAGUCCUCAAACUUUAAACUUGGGAGAGGUGUCUUUUUCAGAUUGUUUAGUAAAUGUAUGAUAAAACAUUUAUUGAAUUUGGUUUUAGCACGAUAUCAUGAAUUGUCAAACCUCAUGUCUAUUAUCUGCCUCAGCCUUCAGCAGAUAACCUAGACCUCAGUAAUGAUAACUCAUUAUCGUGCUCAACCUCCUCCAAUAACUGCUUAUAAUUAGUCAGGAUAGUUUAAUUGUAUAGUGCAAGUACUAGAAUACCCAUUUUCCAAUGGAGAUCAUUAUACAGUCAGACCUUGCACUGUACUUGUUUUUUUGCAGGAAGUCCAAGUAAGUGGAGAUUUUAUAGUGACAACUGAAGGCUUUCAGGAUGUGAAAUCAGUAAGUGCUCUCAACAUUGCUGAUGCUUGCCGUCUUCAGGACUCUUGCCCCUUAUGAACCUAGAAAUGGCUUGCAGUGUAUACCUUACCAUUGGGAUCUUUGUAACUGAGAAAUAGGGCAUUUAGCAUAACUCUUUAGCACCUAAGAGUAACUAGCAUCUAAUUUCUUCCCACAAUAUCACCCUUGACUUAAAUAUUAAGUUCAGAAGAAUGAAGGAAAUAAUCAUCAAAUAAACAAGCUCUUGAUUGUUACACAAAUUCUCCUUGCCAGCACCACAGGAAAUUUAUAGAGAUCUGUAUGGAGAAUAUGCAUACUGAUGUUAAGUCCCGUUCCAACAGUCAUGAUAGUUGAUGAUAGUCAAUGUUAGUUUCAACAUCCAUUUGCUAUCAUGUUUGCAUUCAAAUUGUUCAUGAUAGUUGAUGAUAGCUGAUGAAAUCACACAUCGAGAUUGCAUAAUUCUAAACAAGUAUUUUGCUCACUGAGGUCAGCAAUUUUGGUGGCAUUUGAAAUUUUAAUCAAGAAGUUGCAAGUUGAAGAUACUGGAGCCUACCAGGAGAUGAUUAGAAUGAAUUGCAAAACAUUCUGUGAAAUUUUGGUGGCUACUUUAGUCAUUUUACCAUUUUGGUUUGAGCUCUUUUUCGACAAAACUGCUGACAGAAAAACUAUCAUUCACCAUCAUCCACAUGUUCAAACAGCAAAAAACUAUCAUUAACUAUCACGUUGAAUUUGAACAUGUUCAAACUACACAAUAGUUAAUGAUAGUGCAUGAAGUUGGGGUUCAAACUUGCAAUUAAGAUAAAACUAUCAUUGAGUAUCAUGACCAUUUGAAUAGGGCUUUAGGGUGUAUACAGUUAAAAUCCAAAGGUUUGGGUUUUGAUUUCUGCACAAGUACUCAGAUCGUUUGUCCAAACCCAAUUUGUGACCAGUUGAAUAACAUCAUUUUUGAUUUGAUGCCAAUAUUGAAAUUCUUCCUAUCCUGUUGACCCAUAGAAGUACUGCCGGUAUUUGAAAUGCAUGAUAAUAACCAACCAUGGGCAUUGAUUCACUACACUUCAGUUCAAUUAUUUAUUUUCAUUUUGUAUGAUACACACUGUAGUUAAUAAAGUCUAGUCAUUGUAAUAGAUAUUAAUUUUGUGUUGUUUGCUGCAUGUAUGUACACUAUAAGCAUCAUGGUUUUAAUAUAACUUUCUUGCCACCACUAAACAUUCAUUGAUGGUGAAUUUUCUUUCUUGUUUUAUCUUAAUAGGUGCGGGUGCUGUUUGAAGAAACUUUUUUCAAUGGUAACAAUCAGAGCUUUCCAGUGCUGUGUAUCGACCAGCCAUUAGAAGGAGGAAUAGGUAAAAACUUCAUAUAAAUUGAUAAAAACUACGCAGAAAACUCAUUUUCACCUCAGGAAUCUCUCAAGAGAGUAUUAUCUUUUAUAUUAUGUAUCAGUUGAAGUUAAGAAAUGGGUGUAGAGUGAGAUGAUUUCAACUUGCUCAUUUGUACAAUCCUCACAGGUGAGGGUGAGAAAGGAUUUAUACAUGAUGUUUGACCAAGGCCAAAAUGAAUAUGUGACACGUUAAGUUACUGGUUUCCAUCUUAAAUUUGUGACAUGUGAAAUUCUGUUAAAAGUACUUGUGACGCAUGAAUAUUUCUAAAAUUUGUGCUUGAAGUGAGAUCAGGUCGUAUUAUAUGCUAGCCUCACUGGUGUGCUGCAAUUUAACCCUUUACACCAUAAGAUCAGUAUGUUUAUUUUCUAUACUGUUUUCUAUACUUUCUUAAGGUGCUGAUAAGGAGAUUUUGCUUAACAAUCAAGAGCUCCUGUACCUGUUGAUCAUUUCCAUUAUUCUCAUGACCUUAAUGUUUGAUUCAGGGGUGAUAUUGUAAGGAGAAAUUAGCUGCUAGUCACUCUUAGGGUUUAAAGGGUUAAGCAACUGCUAUUACUGUACUUGAUUUUCAUCCAGGUCAGGAGAAUUUAUUCCAUUUGAAAUGGGAUCAGAUUCAUUUAAAGGAAAGAUUAACUUCUCAAAUUUACCCUAAUUACAGUGUGUGGCUUUGUACAUGUCCCUCAGUUGUUAGUUGUGCCCAACUAUUAUCUGGAAGGCACAGGUUCAAAUCCUGUCAAAGCCUGAAUUUUUUAAGGUUUUUUCUAUUGCAAUUGCUUAAAUUACAGAACACCUGGGAGGACCAUUGCUUCACUUGAUUCGCAGGUCAAUGAAAUUUAUAUCAUUGAAAAAUUCCUUUCAACAGGUUAAAGGAAUAUCACACAUGUACCAUUUACGCUUUCUUGAUUCAUCCAUGGUUAACUUAUGAUCCUUACAGUGAGGAAUGCAUGUAUGGUGCAUUGCAUCUUGCCAAUUUGGACUGGGAGUUGUUUUAAGUACAAUUUGUAUGAUUUUAUAAAAUUUCCUAUCACAGGAGGCAGUCUGGAACUAAAAGUAACAUCUCUUGAAUCUUUACAAGCAUGUUGUGAAUUCUUGUGGAGCAGUGCAGGUUUGCUGUUUUGUUUUGUUUUACUUUUUGGUUUGUUAUUAUUAUUAUUUUUUUUUUUUUCAGCCACACUGUAAGUGUAGGGUGUGCAAUAAAUUCCAGGUGGAAGAGAUUCAACUAGGCUGACUUGUUAACAUUGUCUCCAAUUUGAAUAAUUUAUCUCAUUAAUAACCGCAGUAAAAGAAAAACAGUAAACAGGACAUUUUAUGUUUGCGUGUGGAUAUACCUUAUGUGAUGGUAUCUCUUUAUCUACAUGUAUGAACAAGAAUGUUUUCUGGCCUUCUAUUUCAGGACGCAAACAAUCUCAGAAACAGAUUGAUGAUAUUUUGUUGUUGUUCAACUCAACUUAUGAACAGCUUGAGGGAGAAUCACUAAGGCAUUUGAUGGUAAGCAUAUACAUGUAUAAUGCCAUACAUUAUCCAGGAAGAAAUUAAUUGAACACCAAAUUCUUGCAACUAAUUUACAAGAGAAUAUGUAGCAGCUUGAGGGGAGAAUGAACAGAUCUUGGGGGUUAAAGGAUUAAUGAUGUAUGACAGCUUGUUUAAAAGCUUGUAUAGGCAAUGAAACCCACUACAACUUUUUUAAGAGUAUGGCUUGACACAUUGUGAUGAUUUUAACACCAACAGGAUGCAGCUCACGCAAUAUACACACGCGCCAUGCAAGCAGCCCUCAAGAACUCACAGCUUGUAAGUAUAGACUAUAAGAUGAUGAGGUGGCACCUUAUAUAAAAUAAUGAUAUGUAUAUGUCUGUUUAUAUGGACUGGUUAGCAUCAGAUACUGGUAAUAAAAACACUUUUGGUUGUUUCAUGCCUCAAAAACUUGAUUUCAAUUUGAAGUUUUGAAUCACCUGGCUACAGUGCUGACUCGCACCUUGUACUAAACAGAAGUUAUAACAUUUAAACUGGUGUAUGUCACUGAUUUGUGGUACCUUUGUUAAUCCUUAGAGGAGACUUACUCUGCAUAAUGGCAACUACAUGGACAACAUCAAACUUGCCACUGAGGUUUGUGAGGAAAUGUGUUAAUAAUCUGUUGUGGUGUUGACAUGCAAAAUAAUCUAAUGAAGGAAGUUUUUUUUUUCUUUUUCAUUUUAAGCUGUCAAAAAUUUUCUCUUUGCUUUUUGUUAGACAUAUGUGAUGAAUGAACUUCAUGACCAGCUUUUAAGAGGCAUCAGCUCUAUUUUUGGAAAAGAAGUGAGUGUUUAUCUUUGCUUGUCUCAACUGUUAUCUUGCACGAACUCGUUUUGUUAGUUGGGCACAUUACAUGUGAAGUUCUACCGUCAUUAAAGUAUCGACCUCUGAUUUUUUCUUUUCUUAGGACGCAUUAUUAAAUAAAACCACCAGAAACUUGGCCGAAAUUCAGAUCAAAGAUCUGGGAAUAAAGGAACAGCUACGGUGAGAUACAUUAUGGAGGCCUAACUGGGGUCAUCAGAUCCAAUAAAGUACGGUUAACCUUUUCAUCUCACCAGGAAAUCGUUCUUUCUUAAAGUGAUUAAAACAACUUCAAGCCAAAAAAACGAGGAAAAAAGAUAGCCUGGUAAUAGAUUUAAGUGAAUUGAUUAGGAAAUGACACUGUUUUAAUUUGACAGCCAAGUGAGGCGAGUCAAUGAAAAAGAAGAAAUGAGUAAAACGUUCAUGGAAUUCUUUUAGUAGUUUGAUGAGCUUACAUAUGCCUUCAUGUAUUGAUUUGUUCACAGUACCAAUCUGCCAAGAGGAAAAAGAGCUCUUUCGUUCUUGAAUAGGGUAGGUGGGGUUUAGUUUAAAAUACUUCUGUGUGCUGCAUUCUGUUUCCGUUUUAGUUCUUCACAAUUCUUCCUUUCUUGUUUUUUUUUUCGGUCUGCUGACGUAUCCUUUCGAUCGUUCCAUUGCUUGGUCGGCGUUCGUCCUUCGUGCGUUUGUCGUUCGUCGUUUUACUUUCGUUAUUCUUCUUCUCCUUGUUCGUCGUUCGUUCGUUGUUUGUCGUUCGUCUUUCGUUCAUUUUUAUUUGUUCGUCCGUUUGUUUGAUGGGUGGUUUGUUUGUUCAUUGAUCCAUUAGUUCUUUAAUUUUAUGAACUCUUACAUUUUAUUCAUGCACAACUAUAUUUUUGUAUUUUUUCUUUUAGUACAAAACGCCCCUGGAAAAGUUUCAUUGUCUGAAGAAAACUGUUACCAUAGUGACUGAUAGGAAGAUGAAGACUCCAGAUGGUAGGCAUUUUUCUGUAAAAGCAUGCGAAUGUGCUUGAAUACUUUCAAUGGUCAAAAAUGACACGUAAACUGUAGCAGAAAAAAACAGCAUUAAUGAGGCAUUUAACUUCCUUCAAAGUGAAGAUCAACCGUUUACCGUGUCAUUAUAAAUUGUCCUUGUGUUGUGUUUUUUCUACAUUACCAAAUGACAUUUUACCGUCGUGUUUCGAGAUAAUCAUCGAUGACACUGAUAACUGAUGACUCAAGGCACAUUCCUGGAAAAUUUCAACCUGAAACGUUAUGGAAAAUGAUAUUUUUCACUCUUGCAGAUGCUGCUGAGGCCAUUACAGUGGAUGAUCUCCUUCCAGCCUUAAUCUUUUUAAUCAUCAAAUCUGACAUUCCAAAUUGGUUUGUAUUUAUUAGAAACGAUUAUUUGGUUUUCUAGUGUGUAGAUACGAUUUAAAUAAACUUGCAAGCAAGCUGUCAUUGGUGCUGCCAUAUAAGGGGCGAGGCCUGCGCGUUUCGGGUCGUGAGUGUGAGCUUGCGCGCGAGCGUGGGUGCGAGUGUGGGAUUUGCGAUGGGUUUGGCACGUUCUCGACAGACGGCUUGCUUCGUUCGCGUGCUCGAAUUUGGCGGACUUCGCCGCUCGUGCUACAGCGUGUAAAAGAGGCUGCUCGCACACUAGAUGUAUAUUUGUUGUGUUUGCAGUACGGCCUAAACAGCCAGCGUUAUCAGGCAAAUCUGAAGUUGUGAGAAUUUAUGAUGUUUGAUCACCAAAAGACUGAUAGUAACUGAAUAUGAAAUUACAAACAUGAAAUCAUUCCUAAAGGAUGCCGUCUAUUAACUUUGCGUUUAAAAUUUAUGAAUGAAUUAACUGUGAUACUUCCAGCGCUCUCAUUGGUCGAUAGGUGACAGCAAUUGAGACGUUUUGGAUUCGCACGUACUUUUGAGAAUUUUUUGCACAGCUUCAUCUGAAUACUCGAGGAGUUUGGGAAAUUGUUGAAAUGUGUCUACUUCUGGUUCUUCCUCCUCCUCCUCCUCCUCCCCUCCCCUCCCUCCACCUUUGUUAAGAUGAGACCAUGUAAACCCGAUGAAACGUUUAUGACUUGACAAGAAAUGUCAACACAGCAGAUGUAAGACAUUUCACAUUUCUCCGGUUUAGUUGAAUUUUAUUCUGUUAAUUGCCUAGUAGUCCAUUCCUUGUUUGUUCCUGUUCUUCUUUUUUUUAUUUACGUAUUUAUUUACUUAUUUAUUUAGUUUGUUCCGUUCACAGGCUUGCCAACAUAACCUAUAUGCACAAUUUCCAUUUCUCUAAACGAGGGCACAGUGAGUUCCAGUGAGUAUUAACUUUGAAACAAUUGCCUUCUUUGUCAAUGGCCUUUACAUAACCAUCAAUUGCGCCGAGUUCGUACAAAAUCGGGAUGGCAAAUCUUUUUAGUGGAGUUUCUUUAAUGUCAAACCUUCUCUUUCCAUUUGUAGAUUCUUUCUGUCUUCAAUCGAAGCAGCUGUGGAACACAUUAGAAGAGGAUCUGUUGAUGAUAUUUUAAAGGGUCUUCCGCCCACUAAGGUCAGUUAAUAAAGUGUUUUGAAGAUCGCGCACUGACAAAGGAGGCGGCGUGGCCAAGUGGUCAGGGCGAUGACUUGAUAAAUUGAAUUUUUUUCUCCGUCGUGCCGAGUUCAACUCCUCGGCUGCGCUGUGUAAAUAGCAUACUGGUCUGCCUCCGGCCAGUUGGGAUUUCAAGCAUUUUUUGUCUGUUGGAAAUAUUUGUUUCUCUCUCUUGCAUACUGUUAAGCGCUCAGAGGCUUGUAAUUAGCGCUAUCUAAAUUAUAAAUUUAUUUAUUUAUGUUAUACUCAUACAAUCAAUUUUUAACGUGAAUGUAACCACUUUUUUCGCUAAGAGUAAUAUCGUUCUUCUUUUUCACCGAAAUUACAGGAAAAAUCGCUGUCCCUCUUUCAUAAUGAUUCAUGGUGAAAUAUGCGGUUUUAUCCAGCCAUUUUUGCUGUCACAAAUUGUAGGCUCUCGGCAUAGGACAAAGUCUACUUUUUGCACUGAAGAGGAACUCACUUUUGCCUUUCCACUAUGCUUGAAAAAAAACCUGAUCGUACUGUUCCAUGUAUUAUUAGUGAUUUGAAAGAUCUCUGUGAGCGUAUUACUUAUGUUUUAGUCUGAAUUCUCCGUUCCUAUUUUUCGUACAGAAGAUAACAUCUCCCCGGCUUGUCAUGGAAACCGAUGUAGCAGACAAGAUGACAGCUCUUGAGAAACUGUUUGAGGUAAGUGUCAAGGGUUGUCAAUCAGGUUUCAAAUGGGUAGAAUAAUCUUAAAGUGCCACCUACGGUGAAAAAGUGUCAUCAAGAACAUGUCAUGGACACGGGAAAAAUAGCCUGGCUGGGAAGUGGUUUGGCAACUGUCAGCUGGAAGUUUUUCCAUCUUGGACAAUUUACAGAGUGUCCUUAGGCACUUCUUUCGUACAUAUAGAUGUACAUAGAUGAAGAAAUAUAUAUAUGACGUAAAAAUCUACUUGUUAGUUAGAAAACCUUUUGACUUCUAUCAGAAACCAUUUCGAGUCAGAGUAGAUUUCCAAAUGAGCGACACCCUCAACAUACACAGGUAAAGCUACAGUGUCUCAUGAAAAUAAUCGAUUAACAAUCAUUUACCGUUUCUUGUCAUUUCCCGUGUCUUUUAGUUUGCAUCAAGUGGAAACGAAGAAGAAGUAGAAAAGCUGUUAUUGAGUGGGAGAGAAUCUGCGGAUGGAAAAUUCUGUCACCCUCUGUGUGCUUGUGUUAAAUGCGAAAAGCUACACAGGAGGUAAACGUUUUGCUGUAAAAUUCCGCGGGUAACUUUAAAAAGUUUGGCAUUGGAUAAAUUCCCAAAAUAGUGCCUUCCUCCUCUUCCCUCCCCCCAAAGUGGCUUGUUUUUCUCCUUGCAUCUCCCCCUUCGACUUCAAAUAGCGAUUUGUGCAAUGGAAAAGUUAUUGAUUCAAUCAGUAGUCAAGUGAUUUAAGUGACAUCGUGGUGUCGCUACAGAAUAUCAUAAAAUGUUCAACCCUGUUUAAUCAGUCUAUUUUGCGUCGUGUUCAAACAUUAGCUGUUAAAAUUUCAGGAACGUACUAUUCGCCAAAUUUGAGCUGCUACCCUAUCAUUUUCAAAAUUAACGUAUUGCGCUGGAUUGGUUUUGCAAACUCUACCAGCGCACCGAGAUUUUAAUGCAGUAGACAAACUUGCAAUCGAAUUUUCGUCUUUCAUGUCAGACGAAGAGCUUAGUUGUAAGAAAGUUCAAUAGGGUUUUUGCACCCCAAAGAUAGUGAGACCUAUUCACGAGAGGGGAGUGGUUAGUUACUUUCGGAAUUUUAUGGUACUAAGUUGAAAACAAACAGAAUGGUGGUGAUUUGGUUGAAUGAGGGUGAAGGAUUAGGAAUUGUAUAUGGUUUCCUAACAAAACACUGUGAAAAGAAGAGACUAUAAUCAUCGAAUUUGCAGGAAACGCCACGACCCGUUUGCAGUGACAGUCUUCUCUAGAGAUGAUCUGGGACGAACUGUGCUGCAUGUGGCAUCUGAGUACGGUAUGUAGAGAAUACGGUGAGCUUAUUUGUUUAGAAUGGUGAAUAGUUUGUAUAGUCUUUUUUUUUUCAUGCUCUUGCAUCGACCCAAGGUUACUUCUCUCUCCAAGUGCCAAAUUCCGGUAAAAAUUAUCUUACAGUACGUGAUUUUCUAGCCAAUUUCACACCAUAUUACUAAUGGCGUGCGAAUUCGCCCGUCACAUUCCGGGUCACGAGGCGUAGAUGACGUCAUCAAAAACAAAGUAACUUGGUCAGAGAGGGAUCUGAUUCGAACAAUUUGUGAUGAUGUUCUUUGUUGAUAAUCAACAGGACACUGUAACGUGAUGUACAAACUGAUCAAAAGAGGUGCUGUGGUGAAUGCUAUGGACUAUAACGGAACAACAGCCCUGCAUUUGGCUUGUCAGCGGGGACACGGUAGCGCUGCAGUGAGUAGGAAAUAUUUAUUUGGACUUUUCCGGUAGUGGCGCUCUAGUGCUCUCGGUUUUUAACACUUCUAUUUUUACCUUGACCUAUCUUCUAUGCACCAAGUGACUUGACGAAUCAAACGAAUGUUUCUCUUUUGCAAAUUCCUGUUUCAGUUGGUACUGAUGCAUUAUAAAGCUGAUGUAAACGCUCCCGAUAACGAUGGUAACACGCCUCUACACUUAUGCACAGCGAAUGGACAUGAGAAGGUAAGAGCUUUUUCUUAACUUUAUGGGUGAUCGACAAAUUCUUCAUAAUCAUUCUUCGCUAGUUUACGAUUUAUAAUGGUAAUUGAACUGAAUGGAGUGCUCUUUACUCUAACAUCAUACGCGUGAUUUCAAAAUCGAACGAGCACGCAGUGCAGAUUUGAUUUAAAACUACCAGUAAGAUUUCCGAACAAAAUUGCACCACACGAAGUUCAAUCACCACUUUAUUAUAUCCAUUUAGAAAUUGCAUAAUGCAGUUCUUCAAAUACAGAAAUUUGUCUGAACAAAUAUUUUAGUGAUCCAGUACUGAGCUGAUUUGUAAAAAGUUGCAAAAGCUUUCUUUCAUUUUCUCGCAAUUUGAUUAGUUACUUUAGGCAAGCCUUGAAAUCUGUUUGGUUGUUGUGUUUUUGAUAAACUCUCUCAUUGGCUGGGGAGAAGAUGCUAUUUAAAGCAAAAAAUUGUGCGAUUCGUGAAUAAAUAGCACAGAUAAGAGCCAGUCGGAUUGCAAGAAUCACCAGUGAUUACAAUAUGGAUGUCAAUAACAACUUUUUUUUCACUUAGUAGAAUGAAGUCUCGUUAAAUGACAUAGAAUUCUUGUGAUUUUUCCCCGUAGUGCACAAAGGCGUUGAUAUUUUUUGACACGCAAUUAAACGUGCUCAAAGUGAAUGCUGCCAAUGAACACGGAGACACGCCUUUGCAUUUGGCAUCUCGUUGGGGAUAUGGUAGGGUCUUGCUUCACUGAACUUAGAUCAUAAGUAACUCUUGCAUGAAGAAAAUGAAAGCUCUUAUGAACUCAGGGCAGCUUUCAUUUGUUAUCUAGUUGGCUAUUAAAUCACUCGACUAUGUGGAGUACAGUACAUCUGACAGUGAAAGAAAUUUUCUUUACGGUUCUUCUUACUGUAAUUGAGCAAGAGAAUAUGCGUUCGUUCCAGGUAUUUCAAUAAAAGCCAGUUAAUGGCAGUGUACCGCAUUGAGACCUAUUACCGCCAACUGUUUAGCUUGCAAGUAGCUAUCCUGUUUCGCGCUUACGGCGUUUUUCCGGGAACAGCCGCCUACUGCACCAUCGGCAGCCGCUUAUGGAAAAACCUAUUAAAACCGUGACAAUGCUAGACUAAAACCAAUCGCGAGCUUAAGCCCGUUUGUAUGUGAUCUACUUUUAGUGGGUUUAUCGGUUCCUUGUGUAUUUCUGGCUUUGUUCUGCUUGAUUAUUAUCUUCUCUUAGCACUCUUAUGUGUCCUCAAUUGACGAAGCAGUAUUCUACUUUCAAAUUCUUUCAUCGUUCACUCAUUUUUGUGUGUUUGUUGUCAGCUGAACUUGUCCCGCUUUUGCUUGAGAGUGGCGCUUCACUGGAAGCUCGAAACAAAGACAAGGCCACUCCAUUGGACAGCUCCCAUAAUAAACAGGUAAUUUUCGAUUCAGCCUACAUACGGUGGCCUUUUUCUUAUUCCGCGAAAGGAGUGGUACUGGAGGAGUGACAUGGCCGCUUCUUAUCAUCUGGUGGCUUAAAUUCGUAUGCGCUUUUGAAUUUAUAACUUUUCAAAACAGUCACUAUAUAAUUCCGUUGCGUUUCAAUUUUUGUAAUCGGCAGGUCACCGAGAUACUCCUUGAAGCACAAACUUCAGCCAGCGAAGAACAAGAACACGCAGCGAUAUCUUAUCCGGAGGAAAGAGUAAGUUUGCACCUGUCCUUGUUUAAUAGUGUCCAAAUCGUGUAAGAGCUUUGCCUGGAGGAACUCUGGUAGAAUGGAGCAUCUUAUUCCACAAAACUUUGAACUUAAUCGACCCCCUUAACCGAUAAUCAUAGAGUACUACGUAGUGUCAGUCUGCUGACCGAUGACCCUGAAGUCAGUAGGCUCGUGGUACAAUAUUGCAGUAACAGCAUGCUGCAUAGAAAAACCAAAGUUCUUGCAAAUCGUUUUGUCGUUACAUUUGUAUGUUGGCCAUUGGUAAUUCAAAAAGAACAGCUUUCUUAGAAGAUCUUAAUUAUUUUAGUGCGUCUCCGACCGUUGACGUUGUUAUUUUUAGUCCAACACAGUUGUGGAAAGGCCGCUUAUUCAUUCCGAGGAGUUUCCAAACGCUGUCUCAAAGGAUCAGGAAAAGGCCAAGGAGGUAAACCCGAAGUCAUAGAUGUUUAGAGAAGACCAUUUGAACGUUAAGCCGUCAUAAAGAAAGAACGCUUACAACCAGUCUAUAAUUACUUUUUUCACACGAAAACCUCCCACAAUCUGACUCGAAUAUCUUACGGUUCGGCUGUAGUGAAAGCAAGAGUAAUCAGUGGUACAUACAUACAUAAUAACUGUAGAGGAAUUCCAAUGAAAGGUGAAGAAGGUACAAUUCCUAAGCACACGUAUACAACCAAUCAGAUCACAAGAAAACCCAUGUAUCUUCCACAUAAGUGGCAGUAUGUUCGAUUAGUUUACCAGCUUCGUUAGCUUAUUGCUGCAUCUUGUAUUCUAUCUUCAAAGAUUGACCGAUUUAUACGUUCAAUUGCCGAUGGCGAUGUAGAACUGGUAAGAAAUCACUCAUAUUGUGGCAUGUAAAGGGCAACCGAAGUAGAAAUGAAUGAACAAAGAGACUGAACCUUUCAGAAGAAACGCACAUUUAAAAAUUGUAUGUUUAUUGAGGCUCCUUUUAGCCUGAGAGAAGGCCCCCUAUGGUCAGCGCUUCAGCACCAGCGUUUCUCCGCUCGCCUGAAGGUAUGAGGCUUGGUGGCAUGCGAGACGGCAAGAAAUCUGCGCGUGCGUAAGGGAUCUAGCCCUGAAAACGAGGGUGUCAGAAAUUGGCAAACCUCUCCCCGACUCGUCCCAAAUAUUCCUACGUACGGAGAGACGCGCGUCCUGCAGCACCAAUGAGGGCCUGGUUGCAGGCGAGGACGCUUUUCGAAGCUGUGGUGGGGUUUUUGGUAUCUUAACUGACUCAAAGUGAGGUUUUUUUUUUUCGGUAUUGACCUCUACGGUAAUUAUCCUUUCAAAGUUUCAUAUUCAAAUUUAAACCCGAGUUUUCAAACUGUUUUAGAGAGGAGCUUGAAUGCUUCUAUAUCAUUUUUUCGAUGAUCUUCAUUCUUAGUCAUCUUUGUUCCUUGUUGGUUUAUCUAAUGUAGCUCUUUCAACACUAAGAAAUUUCUAUUUAAAUGAUUUUCUCUUUCAGGUUCGCUAUAAACUUGGUCUGAGUGACGAUGAAGAAGACGAGGUGGACGCGGGCGAGCAGCCUCGCUCUGACCAAGACCUCUGUCAUCCUUUGUGUCAGUGUGACAAGUGCAGCAAGUGGCAGAAGGUAUGCCACGUGAUGGAGAUUUUGACACUUCCGUUAUUUUUUCUGAACAUUGCUUUUCACAAGAAGGUUCAGAGUUCAGCACUAAAUGUAUAAGGACGCAAAAGAAAUACUGAGGAAUUGGUCACAUACUUAUGGUAUGGGAAAAAAUUACCAACUCAGAUUUAAAAACGUCUGUAAAUAUGAACAAUUUCUGACCUUCAUCUCUUUGAUAACCUUUGUUGUGUUGAUUUGAAAUUUCCAGUGCGUCUCAUUAUGCCAGAUCUCGACGAAGGGUUUCGAAUGUUACGAUGUAGUGUAAAACGUGCCCUAAGCAUCUGCAUUAAGUCCAUAGCCUUUUAAGAAAACGGGAAAAGUGAGAGCUGAGCGAGAGUCACCGAGGGCAUGUGGCGAAAGAGAGAAAAAAAAUUUUUUUUUGGCUCCCUUUUGCUGUAAUCUUUUGUGUGUCUUCUGCUGAGCUUAAAUAGAGAGGAAAAGUCUGCCUCAUAGGCCUCUAAAUCCUUGUUGGGUCUCAAAACUCAGGCUUUGCCUUAGAAAAGUUGUACCUCAGCCAGCAUGCUCUCAUGCCGUGGAGGUUGUAUUCGUAAGUUAUGUUCUUUGUGAAUUCUGUGGCAGAGAUCACAACAAGCCGCAGAGAGGAUCAUUCAUCCAAAUGUUAAGAAUGGCGAAGGAAACACGCCUCUUCACGUUGCAGCUAUCAGGGGAUACGAAGAAAUGACCAACUUGUUAUUGAGCCGAGGAGCUCAGGCUGAUGCUAAGAAUUACACUCAGAUGCGAGCGCCUUUACAUUUCGCCUGUCAGUACAAUCACCCGAGGGUAUGUCUGUAAUCGAUAUUGUGAUGUUUACUUAGCACUGUUGACCCUUUGAGCUGGCAGGAUAGACUCGUCGACUCGUCCUAAGAAUGGUGUCCGAAAUAGAAAAAAGAAUCCAUACUAGAAUACAAACGACCUGAGUAGUAACUACUUCAAGUCUGAAGUCAACGCAAUUUAUAUUCUUGGUGACAUGACGAUCCUGGAGGUUCUUUUAUUUCACGGACUUUUGACUGCGUAUAAACUAUCCGAGGUGUCCUUUUCGAAAAAUUUUCUGGAGUUGCGAGUGUAUUUAUCACAGUGUUUGAUCUAAUGGCAACAGCUAUAGCUCUUCCACCUCGUCUUUUAUGCCCUUAAUAUGUCUUAUUGUUUAUUUUUAUUUAUUUGUUUUUUAUUUCAAUCAUUAUUAGGUGGCCGGUCUUCUUUUGAGUUACAAAGCUAAAGUUAACAUCAAAGAUUACAAAGGCAAUACUCCCCUGCAUCUGUGCUGCUUCACUGGAAAUUUGGAUCCUGCUAGCGUUCUCAUAGGGGUACGUCAGAAUGUUAUCUACGGUCCUUGUUAAUCUUGUUCAUCCUCAGACAUUCACAGUCCUUUCUGGUUUAUUCUGACUUACUUGGUGUUUGUUUAUCCCUGCAAACUAUUAUUCUGAGGUUUUUUUCAAUUACCGAGCUUUUUUAAACAUUGUUCAGCGAGUGACUCGAAAUAUCCCUUUAAAGCUCAUUUAACUGUCUGCCACAAAACGAACGACGUCUGUCUUUUUCCAGUUGGCGAGAAUAGAUAAAAUUAUAUGAUUUUAUUGACAUAAUACCGAAUUCUCUAAACUAAGUACAUGUAGUAAGAAAACUUACCGGAGCUGCAAGGGAGCAUUAUUAAUCAGAACUUGGGAGACAGAGGCUUAAUCUAACUUCCCUGAUCUGUUCAUAUUGUGAUGCAGCACGACGCCAACGUGGAUCUCUUAAAUGACCAGGGAAAUACACCACUGCACGUAGCAGCCAGGUAUGGUAUUGUCUUCCAAACUCGCUCCUGAAUUUAGUGAUUACUGAGAAAAAAUGCACGUAUUAUUGUUAUCUUGGGGCUGCUUUUCGCUAGAGGUUGAGGGAAAGUAGAAAUGCCCAUUUUCAGCCUCGUCCUCGUGUGUCAUAUGUUGACGAUGUCGUAGCUCCGGUCAUUCCAGGGCAUUACACUGUCCUAGAGACGAGGGUAUUUUUUGUUUUUAAUCGAUUCAGCGGUGGGUCGAGUUAAUCCAGGGGUCUUAAUUUUUGUGGAAACUGGAACAAUAUCCAAGAAAAGUAACUGGUAUUUCAACGAUCCUUCAUUCUGUCAUAGAACAGAAUGUGGCGGAACUGGGCGACAAGAUGGGUCAAUUUAAUCCUAAACAAUUAAAAACAGUCUAUCACUAUAGUUGAUGCAAUCAAGGAAUAAACAGAUCUGGCUCACGCAUUCCUGGAUCUCAGAUGAAUUUUCUCUAUUAAUACACAGUAAGAGCAAACUUAGCACAGCUGCUCUGCUGAGCGAUAUUUUCUAUCUAACUUUUCUUUACUUUUCCAGGUUUACUUUUGUCAAACUUGUGAAUUUGUUGCUCGAGAACGAAGCGUCGGUGACGAUAAGGAACAAGAAACAGCUGACGCCUCUACAAUAUGCUCAAGUACGUAUUUGGAGGUCUUGCAUCUGUCAUGGGUGCAGGCAAACUGUCAGAGAACUUUGAUAAAAUGUAGGGAGGGAGGAGAAGGGGGGGACGGAGAGAAUCCUGCAUCCAGAGGGCAGAGAUACCUCUAGUUGCAUCAUGUAACAAAAACGGGAUAGGAUCCCUCAGGGUGGAUUACGUGGUGUUUACCUACGAUGAGACCGUUGAAAAAGUUCUUCUUCUUGAGAACCUUCCGCCCUGAACUUUUCUCAACGUUACAUGCAAACUUUGAUAAACUGGUUAAAUUUGUUACUUUCCUCUCCAUCUGCCAGCGCGAUGACGUCAUACGUGCUCUGGACCAAGCGAGGGGUAUCGGUUUCAAUGCUCGGACGAAGAGACUCAGUUACAGCGGCCACAACUCGCCAUACACACAGGGUAGGGAGAUACAUAACUCUUGCUAACUGAGUACGAAGUCCUUAUUGUUAGUUACGGACCCAGUCUUUCCGCGGAUCGUGGGGACGAGCUCAGUGAGAUGUUUUGAAUGUCUCUCUUUGAAACGAUUUCUAGUCAAGGAAAACAGCUUGGAGAGCAAAACGGGUCAAGUCGAAAUCGCAUUUGAUUCGUUAGCUCGUCGGAACAGAAUUAGUAGAAACAAGUGGAAACAGGUGAUUUCCUGGGAAAGUUAAGAGUUUGGCCAAGAAUGAGGGGAAAUUUUGGCUUCAAAAGCAACAUACGCUGUAGAGUACGACCGGACCAGGCACGCUUACCUAGUAACUAAGACAUAAUUUUACAAUAACUCAAAGAGAGUUUCAGUUCUUUUUUUUUUUUCUCUCUUUUUUUUUUUUGCCUUAAUUCAGGUAAUAAAGAGUCAAAAUCCGCCCAACUCAAGACCCGAUCCAACUCGAUUCCAGCCCACAUCGGAGAGACCGUUACCAAACAGCCAUUGCCUGUUAUCAGUGCUACUGGUCCCACGUCGACCGCGCUGCCUACUAGUGAGCCUGGAGACAUAUCUCUUCCUUCGCACGAUAGACUCAACAAACUGUUUGAGAGACUGGAAAGAGGUGAUGUUGAACGACUUCAAGACAUUGGAAAGGCUGUCAAGUCUUUUGAUAGGUGAGAUACGCGUUAGUCUGUUUUCCGUACUAUUUCGGUUUUUUCACUGCCUCUUCGUGUACGUUUGCCUUGUGCGCCUCCGCCCUUACGCGACCGUCCUCACGUAAGAAACUGGUUGUGACUAGCCUAACAUGCAGUAAGCGAUUGUCUUUGUGAUCUCCUCCUCCGCCCCUCCUCUCUGUCUGAGAGUUCAUGUCUCCCAGCGAACGAAAUGGUAGGGGGAAAAUGGUAAAUAUAACUAAAGGACUUCUAACAUAUACCAUUUUAUCGAAUUCUAGACAGACUUCACUGAGGAAGACUGCAACGAUUGACAAAAGUUCGCCACUGAUUGAUCAGUACCUUAAACACCAGGUGAAAGCUUGAUUGUUUUGAAAAAUGUGAUGUCCUUUUGUGGUGUGCAAUUUACCCGAAAAUUUAACCCGAAAAACUGUUGUGCUUCUUUUUGUAGCUGUCCAUUCAGCAUUUCAAUCGGUCAGCGCUCCGGAAAGUGCUUACACGUGAUCAUAGCCAACCAAUGAUUGAGCAAGAUAAGAAUUGCGAAAGAGACGUCAGUAGUGAAGACGAAAAAGAUGAUGCCAGCAAGUGAUAAUCAUGUGUUUACCGCGUGGAGAUCACACACGACGCAAAUUUCACGAGGGACAUAUUUACAGUAAACAAUCAGUCACCCCGAAGUGGAGUUAGAUAUCCACUACGACACGGGUUUUUUUAAUUCUUUUAGUAUAUACCGCACAAGAACCAGUAAAGAAAAAUGAUUAGAGAUUAAACUCUUGACGUGCAAGUUUGUCUCUUUGGCUGCUCGUAGGUGAAUAGUACGUGCUAAUCACUUUCCAGCUAGCCAAUCAGCACGCGCGAAAAGAGCUAUUCGCGUACGUGGUAUAUACUAAAAAAGAUAACGAGAAAUGGAACCAGCAUAGAAAUUGGAUUUGUAUUUUAGGCUGGUUCUUUGGUAAAUACUACCUUGUUAAUGAUUGUUUGAAAGUAAGUGCGUAAAGUUUUUCUCUUUGGGUGAAGCCAAAUGAAGAUUCUCCUUAAGAGAAUCAUAGUUGAUUAUGUUGCUAGCGCUUUAGGAUAAAGCGACGUUGAAUUUGUUGUAAUGCCUUCAAAGAAGGACUCGUAUAAUAUACGAUUUAUGGGACAUCGAAAGAGAGUUUUCAACAUAUGUUCUGAUUUCCUUAACUUCGAAGAGCUUUGUAGUUUUGUACUGGAACAACUUUAUGUUAAAAUAAUAAAUCAACCUUUGUUGCCUGCGGAGUGUAGACGUCUG